AUGUCUAAGUGGAGACGUCCAGGAGGCUGUGGACAUAUCGACCUGGAGUCUGGGGAGCUGCUGGGGCCUGGGGACUACCUGGGAUCCAUCUACAUGCCGCCCAAGAAGGCGACCAAGCCCAAGAAAGCGCCCAAGAGGGACAAGUUGGCUCCGGAGACGCGUCCACCAGGUAAAAAUAGCAACAGAAAAGGCGUGAGGACUAAGAGCUCUGAGAAGGCUGCCAACGGUGAUCACAGCGUUCCCGUGGCCCGUGGUGAUGUCAGCAAGGGUUGCCCACCUCUUGGUCUGGAAACCUUAAAAAUCACAGACUUCCAGCUUCAUGCAUCUACUUCCAAGCGCUACGGCCUCGGGGCGCAUCGAGGGAGACUCAACAUCCAGGCAGGUAUUAAUGAAAAUGACUUUUACGAUGGGGCGUGGUGUGCAGGAAGGAAUGACCUCCAUCAGUGGAUUGAAGUGGAUGCUAGACGUCUGACCAAAUUCACUGGUGUCAUCACUCAAGGAAGGAACUCACUUUGGCUGAGUGACUGGGUGACCUCCUACAAAGUUAUGGUGAGCAAUGAUAGCCAUACAUGGGUCACUGUUAAGAACGGAUCUGGAGACAUGAUAUUUGAAGGAAACAGUGAAAAGGAGAUCCCUGUCCUCAACGAGCUGCCCGUCCCCAUGGUGGCCCGCUACAUCCGCAUCAAUCCACGGUCCUGGUUUGACAACGGGAGCAUCUGUAUGAGGAUGGAGAUCCUUGGCUGUCCACUGCCAGAUCCAAAUAACUAUUAUCACCGAAGGAACGAAAUGACCACCACUGAUGACCUGGAUUUUAAGCACCACAACUAUAAGGAAAUGCGCCAGCUGAUGAAGGUUGUGAACGAAAUGUGCCCCAACAUCACCAGAAUUUACAACAUUGGCAAGAGCCACCAGGGCCUGAAGCUGUAUGCCGUGGAGAUCUCCGACCACCCUGGGGAGCAUGAAGUCGGUGAGCCGGAGUUCCACUACAUCGCAGGGGCCCAUGGCAACGAGGUGCUGGGCCGAGAGCUGACCUUGUUGCUGAUGCAGUUCCUGUGCCAAGAGUACUUGGCCCGCAACGCGCGCAUCGUCCACCUGGUGGAGGAGACCCGGAUUCACAUCCUCCCCUCCCUCAACCCCGAUGGCUACGAGAAGGCCUACGAAGGGGGCUCGGAGCUGGGUGGCUGGUCCCUGGGGCGCUGGACCCACGAUGGCAUCGACAUCAACAACAACUUUCCCGACUUAAACACGCUGCUCUGGGAGGCAGAGGACCGACAGAACAUUCCAAGGAAAGUUCCCAAUCACUAUAUUGCAAUCCCUGAGUGGUUUCUGUCUGAAAAUGCCACGGUGGCAGUAGAGACCAGGGCUGUCAUAGCGUGGAUGGAAAAAAUCCCCUUUGUCCUGGGCGGCAACCUGCAGGGGGGCGAGCUGGUGGUGGCAUACCCCUACGACAUGGUGCGGUCCCUGUGGAAGACACAAGAGCCCAGCCCCACGCCCGACGACCACGUGUUCCGCUGGCUGGCCUACUCUUACGCCUCCACGCACCGCCUCAUGACCGAUGCCAGGCGGAGGGUGUGCCACACAGAGGACUUCCAGAAAGAGGACGGGACUGUCAAUGGGGCCUCCUGGCACACUGUCGCCGGAAGUCUCAAUGAUUUCAGCUACCUUCACACCAACUGCUUCGAGCUGUCCAUCUACGUGGGCUGUGAUAAGUAUCCGCACGAGAGUGAGCUGCCCGAGGAGUGGGAGAAUAAUCGAGAGUCCUUAAUCGUGUUCAUGGAGCAGGUCCAUCGCGGCAUCAAAGGUGUGGUGAGGGACUUCCAUGGGAAAGGAAUUCCGAAUGCCAUUAUCUCUGUGGAAGGCGUUAACCAUGACAUCCGAACAGCCAGCGAUGGGGAUUACUGGCGCCUCCUGAACCCCGGAGAGUAUGUGGUCACAGUCAAAGCCGAAGGGUUCACCUCAUCCACCAAGAACUGCAUGGUCGGCUAUGACAUGGGGGCCACGCAGUGUGACUUCACACUCAGCAAAACCAACCUGGCCAGGAUCAGGGAGAUCAUGGAAAAGUUCGGGAAACAGCCCAUCAGCCUGCCAGUCAGGCGGGUGAAGCUGCGGGGGCGGAAGAGACGACAGCGCGGGUGACCUCCCAACACUUGAGACCUGUCCCGGACCCCUGCAAAUUAAACUACCCCCAGUUGUAGCUCCGUAGAGGACUCGCUCCCUAUUGUUUUCUCUGUAAUUCAUGAAGGCCUGGGAGAAUGUGUGUAUUGAAAGCCUGGUCCCGAGGGGAGGGCUGAAAGCUUAGGAUAUUUGUUGUUGUCUUUGUCCCAUUUAUCCAAGUAACUCAGAUCAGCAGAGAAAGGCUGGUAGGAGUGAGAAUUCAGCAACUGAACCUGAGAAUUAGAGACAGAGAGGGGCUUGCCAGCUCGGGGUCUCCUGGCUGCACCGGAAGGGAAGCCGGUGCUCCCCUCCCCCCACUUGCUUGUGUGACAGCAAGAGGUCCUCGUGCAUUUGCAUUUUGCGUGGCUCCAGUUGCAGCACUCCUGGGGCCCUGCGGUGCCAGAAGUUACCAUCUGAGAUGCUCACGGGCAUUCUGACAGAAUCCACCCCCUCUGGCCCCAGGACAUUCCAAGCUGCCACAGAUUAAUUCCAUGCUCUGUUGACAACAGAGCCAUUACCAAGUGAGCAUCUGUGAGCUUCUUGAAUCCAUAUAGUCCCCCUUUCCACAAAGGACUGUGUUUAUAAAAGGAGAAAAAUGCUGAACUAGUUCACCAGUGAUUGGUGGGCAGCCGGAGUGCAGGGUCCACAGAGAACCCCCAGGCUCCCUGCUGGUCCAGCAGCCCCGGGUGCCGCCUGGACAGGGACAAGCAGAAGAAGACACCCUUCCCAAGGGAGUCAAUUACUCAGCCUGGCUCCCCUCUUUGACCUGCAGGACUCGAGAAGGGCCGGAGGGAGGCUGACUUGCAACCCUCUCUCUGCUCAAGAUGUUCCUCCUUUCAUAGAAAUGAGCGCUCAUAAGUUGGCCUAACAUCACCAAGGGAGUUAUUUUUGAUGUGUGGGAUGCCAGACCUUCCACUUAGGCCAAAUGUGAUGAAAAGCUCUUAGAAUUAUCUGUGGAAUAUUGGUUUGGGAGGGGUGAUACAAGAAAACACUUUGUCUUCUUUGUAUGAACGUUGCUGCCUCACUGACCUGGGGAGAG